GUUGGCGUAGAAAGAGCACUCUCAGUGUAGGUGAAGGCAAUCCUUUUGAUUUAACUUUUUUUCUGAUUAUGGCUAAAAACUCACAUCAUGAACUGACAUGCGCCCGAAUCAAUUUCCUUUUCUUGCUUGAGAGAAUCCACUCGUCUUGGUGUUUACCAUUGUCUCUCUCUAAAAAUACAAUGCACUUGCCUUGGUCUAAUUGGUUUAUCAACUUUCAUCAGUUGGAGGAAUUAGUGUCGAAUUGCUUCCAUUCCCUCGCCACUUUCCAUACAUCUGCCAAGGAUCUUUUGAAAAAGUAGCCGUUUUCACCUUCCAUGUUCGUAAAAUUUCUAAAAGGACCAAAUUAUAAGAUGGAUCCUACAAUGUUCAGUCUUAACAUUAUAUGCAGUAGAAGAUCUACAUGGCAUCAUCAGAAUCCGAACUCGGGUGUGAUUUUCUGGAGAUCUUUGCUGUGCAGAAUCUUUAGAGAAUCUCGAAUGUCGAGCUUCAGUAGAUGCGCUGCUUGCAAAUAUUUGAGAAGAAAAUGUCCGCAAGACUGCAUCUUGGCUCCUUAUUUCCCUUCCUCGAAUCCACAAAGAUUUGCUUGUGUCCAUAAGAUCUUUGGUGCCAGCAAUGUCACCAAAAUGCUUCAGCAAGUCCCGGUGCAUUUGCGGGCAGAGGCGGCAGAGUGCAUUUCAUAUGAAGCAAUAGCCAGGGUUCAGGACCCUGUCUACGGAUGCGUUGGAAUCAUCACUCAACUCCAACAACAGAUCAUCCAGAUUCACAGUGAGAUAAUGAAGAUUAAGGGCGAUAUAAUCACCCAUCACUCUGCACAUCCGCAGCACCAGCCACUGCCACCGCCACAAGGUGACCCUUGCCGGUCCAUUUCCAUUCAUCAGCAGGAGCAGGACAACUUUCAAUCGGACGAGCAUCCUUUUGGGAACUUCUAA